CACGGGAGAGGGAGAGAGAGAGAGUAAAAGGGAGAGAGAUUGUGCAUGCCUCACUGAGUUGGAUUAACCGAGUCAAAGACAAAAACAACAACCACCACAACAACAAACAACCAAAGAGGGCUUAGGCUAAAAUCACCCCCACCAAAAAAAAAAACAGAGUGUGUGCGUGUGGGUGGGGGUGAGGGGUGUGGCAAUAGCCAAAAAAUGGAGAACAAGAAGGAGAUUAUUACUAUUACUUGUCUUUCUCUAAUCCUUUACCCCCCUCAUUCUUCUUUCUCUAACCCUAACUUUCUUAUUCUCUCUAAACUAGUUAUAACCUUAACCAAACACCACCAAAUCUUUCUACCACUUUUAUUUCUCUCUCUCUUCUCUCCUUAUUCUCGUCUUCUCUUCUCGUUGCUUUUUUCACUCUGCGCCUCCGUUCUCCUCUGGUUUUACGAAAGCCAUCUUUGGAAUAGGUGGUUAUUAUGACUUUGUGCUUAUCUGACUUGAAGCAACAAUGAGUGGGUAGUUUUUCACCACAUGGAAGAGUUGGGUCUUGUUCAGUUUGAUGCCAUGGGAAGCACAGUAAGAAAGAAGAGGAGUCAAAUUUCUCGCCGACCUAAGGAUUCCCAGACAUUUACUGACAAUUAUGAUCGUUCAUCAUUAUCGAUAUCACCACCUUCAGAUGACAUGAGCAAGGCUUCCAGUGAUGAGAAUGCUGAUAAUUGUAGGAGGAAAGAAUUUGGUCUUAAUCAAUCCGUGUCCAGGGUUUCUUCGGCUACUACUAGAGCUGAAAGAAAAAGAGCAUUUUCUGACAGUCACCCAAGGAGAAGUGUGGUUAACAAUAAAACUUCUCGUGAAGGUGCUCUUGCCCCUGCGAAUUGGAGAAGCAAAAGCAAGCUGAAGGAAUGCAUGGAUGUGGAGUCUAGAACUGCAAAUAUGUAUUGUGGAAGGAAUGGUGAAAGUUGGAGUUCAGAGCAGUCAGGAGUGAGUUUAGAUGUUUUAGGAAAUGAAAGCAAGUUUAAAAAGGUCAAGUUUAAGGUUGGUGAUGUGACACACACAAUUAAUGCCAACUCGACUACUAAUGGCGUGCCUUCUACAAAGAAUCCCCGAUUCUCAGACACCUCCAACACAAGGCAGAAACUUAGUCUUCAGGGGAAUUUAGAGGAGGAACGUUUUGUUUCAGGUAAGAGGCCAGGUUUGCAAGGAGUUCCUUGGAAGGAAUUCUCUAGAGGAGGGUUUAGUCUCGGGAAAGAGGAUUUUUUAAUGGGGAAGACUUCGGGCAAAAAUACUGCUGGGAAACAAGGAAAUAAGUACGAACGUAAGAACAAGCGGGCCCCCAAGAGGCAUGUUCUGGAUGGGGAAUUUGGUGAGGAUGACGAUGACGACGAGAUCCGAUACCUAGAGAAACUCAAGUUAAAAGUCCCAUCAGGACAUAAGGAAGAUGAUGGAAAUGAUGAUGAUGAAUCAAGUAAGAAACAACGAAAACUUUCUACCCUGGGAAGCAUUGGUGCUUCGAGGCUGGUUAAAGAUGGGAAAAAAAUAUCCAGAUCAGACCAAGCACCAGAGGAUGAAGAUUACGAGGAAGAAGAACCAUUAUCUGAUGGUGAGUUCGCAGGUAGUAAGAAGAAGCAGAAAAAGGAAUAUGUUGAGUCAUUGACAGAUGGUAAGAGGGAGCUGACUUUAACUAAGCGUCAACGGGCUCUUCAGUCAAGCAAAGAUGGCUCUUCUGUUCCUGAUGCUAACUUAAUUGAGUUUCCAAAUGGAUUACCACCUGCACCAUCAAAAAAGCAAAAGGAGAAACUUACGGAGGUCGAGCAGCAAUCAAAGAAAGCUGAGGCUGCUCAGAGACGAAGAUUGCAGGUUGAGAAGGCUGCUAGGGAAUCUGAGGCUGAAGCUAUAAGAAAAAUUCUCGGUCAAGAUUCCAGCAGAAAAAAACGAGAAGAGAAAGUGAAGAAGCGUCUGGAAGAGUUGGCACAGGAGAAGGCUACCAACGCCGAGAUGCAUGCAUCGAGUACCAUCAGAUGGGUCAUGGGUCCUACAGGGACUGUGGUGACAUUUCCCAAAGAAAUGGGUCUCCCUAGUAUAUUCGACUCUAAACCCUGCAGCUAUCCUCCUCCAAGAGAGAAGUGCGCGGGCCCUUCUUGUACUAACCCAUACAAGUAUCGAGAUUCCAAGUCGAAGCUUCCGCUUUGCAGUCUACAGUGCUACAAGGCAAUUCAGCAACAGAGCCAGCAUGAAACUAACUGAUGACGCUUAAAGAUAUAUCUGCAUAGCCAUGUUAAUAUAUCAUAUAACUACUGGGGCCAGGCUAGCAAAGAGGCAUUUUUUAUUCAGUAUAGAGGGAUUAUACAGAUAUGGAUGGUUCAUUUUCUGUCAUCUAUAGCUUAAGGAUAUUCAAAAAAAAAAAAAAACUAUAGCUUAAGGGUUGAUUAAUGGAAAUUUGUCUUCAAUUGAAUGGAAAUGAUGUUACUGAGAGCUUUCAAUUUAAUCAAAAUGAUGUUUCUGAUUAA